AUGGAUGAAGAACAGCAGGUCCUGGGCGAAGCGCGAGCAGACGUACGGCCACUGCAUCUAGACGUCGUAGAUACUUUCGGCACCCAAGAAGCCAUCGAGCGGUUCAACGAGACGCUGGCAAGACCACAUGUCGCCUUCUCAGGAGCAAGCCCACACAAUCUGAGCUUAAAGGGCGUAAUCUUAGUCCCUGACCUCAUCUUCCCUACGGGUCCUGUGGAGACGGUGACUCCUGAGCUUUGGUCGGAUGCGCUCAAUGCCAAAGUUCUGAACACCAUCGCCGUGACUCAGGCGCUGCUGCCAACAGUAUGCGAGUCCAAAGCGCGCAUCCUGAUGCUCACCCCCAGUAUAGUCGCGUCGCUUAGACCGCCGUUCCACUCUGUCGAAACAACUAUUGUAAAAGCACUCGAAGGUUUCUUGGCCUCGCUUAGGCAAGAGCUCGGGACCUUGGGUAUAGAUGUACUGCAGUUUCACCUGGGAACUUUCGACUACUCGCACGUUGGCCCGAAACAUCACCUGCAAACACGAGCGGCUGGAAGCCCACACGCAUGGCCGGCUACGACAAGAACGCUCUAUGCCCGCAACUUUGAGACCCAAACGCGUGCCGGCCUCAAUGCCGACAGCUCGGGUAGUCCAUUAAGGGAGCUGCACAACGCCGUUUUCGAUGCUCUGGUGCAGAGACGGCCCAAAUCGGUAUGGCGCGUCGGACGCGGCAGUGUGGCCUACGAUCUCGUGGGGAAAUGGGUUCCUGACAGCCUGGUGGGGUGGAUGAUGGGAUUGCGCCGCGUGUCUCUCGACACUCACACGGCACCAAAGCUCGAAGACAGCGUGCAGUCGUGGGAAAAGGUCGAGGCAUCUCCUUGA